UGCGCGACUGUCAUCCACGGUCUUCAACCGCUUCCUACCGCACAGCCUUCGAACGCCUCGCCAGGCCUCCAAACCUGUCCGUUAAAGCGAGGCAUACGCUUAAAACGUCGUUUUCCGUUAUUACGAAAACAGAGGCAACCUAUUGAACUUAUCCUGCGUCAAAACCAAGAAGAAAGAUGAAGUUGGGAAGGAGCUGGCUGUGGUGUUGUCUGCUCCUCUCCUCGCUGGCUGUGACGGCAUUAGGAGCCCGCGACGAGGAGGAGCCUGAGGCAGACUUCCCCGUCUCGGACGCGGAGGACCAGGUCAGCGAUGAGGACGAGGUAAUGGCCAUGAUGGAGGAGGAGGAGGAGGAUGAGGCCAUGGUGGAGGAGGAAGAGGACACCGUCCUGGCAGACAAUGAGGCAGCAGAGGAGGCAGAAGAAAAGGAGGCCGUAAAGUCCAAAGUCUCCUUCCAGGUGACGUAUAAGACUCCCAUUCCGACUGGGGAGGUGUACUUUGCAGAGACCUUUGACGAUGGUUCAUUGGACAGAUGGCAGGUUUCAAAGACGAUGAAGGACGACGCCGAUGAAGACAUCGCGAAAUACGAUGGGAAGUGGGCAGUGGAGCAGCUGAAGGAGAACAUCGUACCUGGAGACAAGGGCCUGGUGCUCAAGUCCCGCGCCAAACAUCACGCCAUCGCGGCCCUGCUGGCCAAACCCUUCGUCUUCGAGGACGAACCUCUGGUCUUGCAGUAUGAGGUGAACUUCCAGGAUGGGAUCGACUGUGGAGGAGCGUACAUCAAGCUGCUCUCUGACAGCCCCAGCCUCAACCUGGAGCAGUUCAACGACCGCACGCCCUACACCAUCAUGUUCGGGCCGGACAAGUGUGGCGAGGACUACAAGCUGCACUUCAUCUUCCGCCACCAGAACCCCCUGAACAAAGACCUGGAGGAGAAGCACGCCAAGCGGGCCGAUGUGGACCUCAAGAAGAUCUACAUGGACAAGAAGACUCACCUGUACACCCUGGUGCUGAACCCGGACAACAGCUACGAGCUGUUCAUCGACCAGUCCAGCGUGAGCCGCGGCAGCCUGCUCCACGACGUGGUCCCGCCCGUCAACCCGCCCAAGGAGAUCGACGACCCCAAGGACUCCAAGCCCGAGGACUGGGACGAGAGGGCCAAGAUCCCUGACCCGGAGGCCGUCAAACCCGAGGACUGGGACGAGGAGGCCCCUGCUAAGAUCCAGGACCCCGAUGCCCUGAAGCCUGAGGGCUGGCUGGACGAGGAGCCAGAGUUUGUGUCGGACCCCAGCGCUGAGAAACCCGAGGACUGGGACGAGGAGAUGGACGGGGAGUGGGAGGCGCCCCAGAUCCCCAACCCGGCGUGUGCGACGGCGCCCGGCUGCGGCCACUGGAAGUCCCCCACCGUCAACAACCCCCUGUACAAGGGCAAGUGGAAGGCCCCGCUGGUGGACAACCCAAACUACCAGGGAGUGUGGAGCCCCAAGAAGAUCCUGAACCCCGAGUUCUUCGAGGACCUGCAGCCCUUCAGGAUGAGGUCCUUCCGGGCGGUGGGCCUGGAGCUCUGGUCCAUGACGUCGGACAUCUACUUCGACAACUUCAUCGUCACCUCGCACAAGGAGGUGGCGGACCGCUGGGCGGCCGACAGCUGGGGCCUGAAGAAGCUGGUGGCCAGCGCCAACGAGCCCGGGGUGUUUGCCCAGCUGAUGUUGGCAGCAGAGGAGCGCCCCUGGCUCUGGGUGAUCUACAUCCUCACCGUGGGCCUGCCCGUAGGACUGGCCGUGCUCUUCUGCUGGCCCAAGAAACCUGAAGACGAGUACGCAUACAAGAAGACGGAUCGGCCCCGUCCCGACAUAGAGGAGGAAGAAGAAGAGGAGGAGGAGGACGAAGAGGAGGAGGAGGAGGGCACCGCUGCAGCAGAGGAAGGGGAGAAGGCUGCCCAGGCCUCGGCUAAUGAGACGGCCCCACCUGCAGAUGUGACGGAGGCAGUGGAGGAAGAGGAAGAGGAGGAGGAGGAGGAAGAAGAAGAAGAGGAGGAGGAGGAGGAAGAAGAGGAUAGUGCAGCGGCAGGAGACAGCCAGGGAGAAAAUGAUGAUGACGAAGAGGAGGAGGAGGGCAAGGCUCAGGGAGGGGCAAGGCAAGAGCCUCAGAAAGAGGCCGGCGAUGGGGGCACGAACAAGCAGGCGGUGAGGAAGAGGAGGGUACGGAAAGAGUGAAGAGUGAACCAAGCGUGGAAGACCCCCCCCCCCCUACCCAACCCCCACCCGACAUGGCUUAUUGGGGGCACAGGGAGGUGGAGGAGUGCCCUGGGCUGAUCCCCAGCUAAGGGCCACGCCCUCUCCCUUCUAACCAACCAGUAGCGGGCGUUCAGCCUGGAUACCCCCAUCCACACACCAACUGCCAUCCCCCUCCUGUGUUCCUCCACCCACCGACUGCUACUCUGCAGUUUCUCCACCCACCACUUGCUACUCUGCAGUUACUCCAUCGACUGCUACCCUCCUACACCAACCCUCCCGUUACCCCACCCAUCCACCUACCUACCUUUUGCUCCACCCAUCCUCCACCUGCGACCCCCUCCUGUGUGUUCCUCCACCUGCGACCCUCCUGUCUUAACUACAUCCAUCCUUCUCCAGGCACCCACCCACUCACCCAGCUACUGCUGCCAUUUUCUGUGUUACUCCACCCAUACACCCACUGCUGCCCUGGUGUUUCUCCUCCACCCGCUAGAGCUUUCCCCGCUGUCCUCCCCAUCAGAUUCAUUCCUGCUAAGUGUUUGUGCUUGGAGCUCCCUUUCUCCGCCUCCCAUCAGGUCGCCAUGUGUCAACGUUCCCAACCCGACACAUGACCGUUCAGCGUUCCCGGUCGCCGUUCCGCUCGCAGUCCGUUCCCGCCAGGUCUUCCAUCCUGAGUAUGUUUCAUAUGAUGUUGUUCUUUGGAUUCGCCACCAGGUGAAUUGUUUUCACAAUCAACCCAACUACCGUUCCGGCUUCUCGUUAAGAGGCUCAAUGCGCAGCCCCCCAAUCCAGAUUAACAUGUUCCGCGUUGCGUUGUCUUUUUGUAUCUGGUUUGGAUGGGUUUUAACUGACGGCAGGUGGUGUUGACGAAAUGAUGCGUGCUGUGAUGAUUACAUUGACUUUGUUUAGGUUUAAAAGAGAUCCUCCUUUUUAGUCCGCUUUUUGGGUUAUUUAUCGAAAGUAAGGUUAUCAAGUCAUUAGUGGUUUUUUUUUUUAAGUUAUAGCUAUUUGCAGACUGCAUCGGCACUGAAGACCUAUUUAUUGUUCUCGUUUUAUUCUGAACCAAUAUGUGCGGGAGAGGAAUCCAACAUCCAUGAUGUCGUUCUGGGGUGUUCUCUGACCAGCUGACUGGGCAGUGCACCCCAUGACUGGGAUCAUAACUCGGUUUCAGAGGCAGUACAGACACCGUGUCGUUAGGGUAAUUAAUUAAGACGCAGACUUUGCCGUGCUGCGUUGAGCGCUCCCCAGAUCCAGCCGGUCCUUGGUCACCGGGAUUUUCCCAGUAAGAACCUCAGAGAACCAAACCACUAUCUGCUGUGCUACUUUAAAACGCCCGGACACUUAGAAGUUUUUCCUGCAGGAAUAAUUUUCCUGAAGAAUGAGUUGAUGCUGAUUUUCUGCGUAAAUAUUUUUUUGUCUAUAUUGUUUGACGCUUUUGCAGUUCAAAGUUCCUGUCCCCCUGUUGGCGGGCAGGACUUCUGUUUACAUACGUUUUUGCAAAUUGUACAUUGCUCUUGAAAAGUAAAGUAUUUAGUAUAACAUGUUUGCACGCUCGGUCGCUGGAGUGGGGUGCAGAAUUCGCCACCAGGUUGACUUCCACUCCUCCCGUUUGGUCAUUGACGUAGGGACAUUAAAUGGAACAAAAAUGUUUUAUUAAAACAUUACAUUUUGUCAAAAUUGUACACAGUAUCUACACGCAAGCCAGUUGGUUUUAACAAGCGCAUCGUUGGCAUGCUGCUACAUAAAACAAAAGGGAAUGGGAAUAUUUUAUUGUACAACCACAACUUAUCGAAAUAAACAAAGAAAAACAUGA